CUUUGGACUCCCAUUCAUUUGUUUCAUUAGCCAUGCAGAUAAGAUUCCGUGAUUUGUUUGAUUUAAGAGUCCAAACUAUAGGUUAAAUAUGAAGUUGUCAGAAUUUCUGAUAGUCAUUUCAACUGCAGCAAAUAUUGCCGCCUCCUCCCCCCCUCUUCCUUCUCUGUCUCUGGAUAUCCUCAGCAGGGUGCAAAAUGAGCAGCAGCAGCGGUCCAUCACCAGUGCUACCUUUACUUCUGGUGGGAGCCUUGGGAGUGGUGAUUCUUGCCCCGGCAUUCAUGACAGCUGCCGACGUGUUGCUGUUUCUGCUUCUACCCAGUGGCAGUGAGAGCUCUGGUCUGUCUCCUUUGGUCCUGAUGGCGAUCCCCGUUUCACUGGUACUGUUUAUGCAUUUGAUUUCAUGGUGUUUGCCCAUUUAUGGGGUCUGCCGGGACGGAAGAUGGCAGAGCGAAGAGUCAUCUGCAUUUGGCGACGAUGGCGAAAGUUUUACUCUGGGAGCGUUGAUUCUGAUUCUCUUCUUCUUUGUCUUGUAUGGCCUCUUGAGCUGGUAAGCUUGCCUUAACAAAGCUUGAAGGGUGAGUAGUUGAACUCGAUGGGAGUUGCUGAAAUCGUCUUCUGGGUGGGGUGCGGACAACUAUGGCCUGCAAAUUUUGGGUAUGUUAGUGGAUGGAGGCAAGGAGGAAUCCAACUGAAGACGACGACGAAGCAGGCUAUUUGUUUAUUCGAAAUUAUGUUUUGGUUGUUGAGUUGAAAUGUUCUCUGUUUUGAUUUUACUGUCCUUUGUAUUUUGGUCGCUUACGAGUGGCCCUCUUAAUCUCAUUCUAA